CAAAGUUUUAUUUAUUUAUUAGUGUAAUACACUAUGGUAAUUAAUUAUUAGUUAUAACUAGAACAUAGCAGCAUUAUAAAUGCUGAUUGUUGCUCACAAUACCGAACAGUACGGUAUAUCAAUUUGGAGUUAUAAAAUUGAGCAAUGGAUAUUUUGUUUACUUGAAUUAGUAUUUUAUUUAAUAGACCAAACCCUUAAUUUUAUCAUAAUUUUUAUUAAACUUUAUUUGGUCAAAUGUAUUUUUAUUCCUUUAAUUGCUGUGGAUCGAGUGUUUGUAAGCAUAGGUUAGUUUUAAUUUGCUACUGUUUACAAACAAUAGUUUUGAUGGCCUGAGACACUAAAGUUAGGUUAUGAUGCACCAAACAAAAAGAAAAGUGCUAACUAACUUUUAUUUUUAAUUGAUAUCCUUUUAUUUAUCACUAAAACUAGAUUUUUUAACGUACAAUAACUUGAAUUUUUUGAACAUUUAUGACAAAUCACAGGAGCCAAAGGUUAAAAUACAAGGAAAGUUUCCAAGUUCAAGGUAACAUCAAAUUGCUGUACAAUUCCCACUCUACAGCAUUACAAUUUAUAAGUAAGCCUAAAUAAAAUUAUAAUUAAUUUAUUAUUUUUAAUACCAUGUAAUACUUACAACAUUGACAAGUGAUAGUUUACACACAGUUUUCAUUGAAUUUCAACAUCAACUACCGUAUCUUAUCUUCAAGUGCAAUCAAGAUGUAAAUACUGUAACCUACACAAAUAUCAAAGUUUAAAACCGGAUAUGGUUUUCAAAAUUUCAAAUGUUUGUUUCUUAUCAUAAGGAAAAAAUUAUGGUGUCAAAAAUAGUCUGAAUGAAGGAAAAUUAUGGAACUGUUUUAACUUGUUUGUUCUUUCCAUCCCAUACGAUUAGUUAUAUUUUUGAUGAUAUAUUGGUUGAAUUUAAACUGAACAAAUGUACAUUUUGUGAUAAAGUGUAGAUUAUAUCUUGAAAUUUGUAAAACUCUUUGGAAUUCCAAGCAAAAUAAAAACUAGAUGGGCAAUCAAUCCUUACGCCUAUCAUCAUUAAUGAAUGGUCUACAUGUUCAUCACAAAGUCUGAUCCAGGAAUAGAAGUUUUGCUAGAAAAGGUGGAAGGGCGCAUGAAAGUGCUGAGUUACUGGCCAAGUAAGAAACGCAGUAUCAAAGGUUACUUGAUAUAUUCAUUCACUGCUUACUUCCUUUUGCAAACCGUUUUUCUGAUGAUCAUGAACUGGCAGAGAUGGGAUUUUGGUUUCAAGGUGUUGUCAGUUGAGAAUUUGAACUAUCUGAACGGAGUGAUGUCAUUGGCUACGGACGCUUUCAUCAAUACUAGACGCACCACGUUGUUCUUUGAAAUCAUGUCGAAGAGAUACCAUACUUAUCAGGUAUACUCAACCAACAAAACCAACAUGAAAACCAAAAAACUACAAGAAAAAUUCGAAACCAUGCGUAAAUCCAUCGUGAAAGACAUGGAAGGUCGCGGUAUCUUCCUGGUCUCUUUUUCAGAAAACAUUCUGAACGGCUACUAUGCGAGUCAAAUUCUGUCGCCGCUUUUCGGCAUCAUAUUCUUCUUCCUGGGCUACGCGAGACUGGACCGCCUCUCCCCGCCAUUUGUCUUCUAUUUCCCCGGCAUCACCUCAACCCAAUAUCCCGACAUCAGAAGCAUCAGCAAUUUCAUACUAAUCUGCUUAGUCGAGUUCCUGCAAAUCGCCUACGCGUCUUGGCUCACAUUCUUGCUGUUUUCAUGCCUUGUGAUAACUGUAAACAAUAUUGUUGUCGAGAUGAAACUGUUCGAGAUCAACCUUGAAGAGUUCAAUGCUUUCUACGGCGAGAAAAGUGCUGAGUUGGCGAGAUCUGGAGAGAACUGCGAACUCCAAAAUGAUAUAAGCGGGACAAGUCGCUGCUUCCAGGGAAAUUUUGAUGAUAAGGUUUCCUACCAUGCGUGUCUGAAGCAUUGCAUCAGGAAUAUGGCUAUCCACCAUCAGACAAUUUACAAGAAAAUUCGAAUGCUGAAUACAAUGUUCAGUUAUUCAAUGUUUUACGCAAAUACAUUCAUCUGUUUUCAACUUUGCUUUGCAAUAUUUUGCUUUCAGAUUGGAGAUUUAGUAUUCAAGAUAAAAUACGGUCUUCUAUUAGUUUCAAUGUUGAUGCUUCAAUACGCCUACUCUGAGAAUGGACAAAUGGUCAAGGAUGAGGUGGAGAAAGUGAGACUGGCGUUAAACGAAUGUGAAUGGGAAGGUCAUCCAUCUUGGUUCUAUCCCUAUUUUCAAAUGAUGCUAAUUCAGAGCUCCAUUCAACCCAAACUAAAUGUAUUCAACAUUUUCACGAUGGAUAGGAAAAAUAUGGCAUCUGUAGUCCAAGCAGCUUACUCAUACUUCAAUCUUUUGAGUCGUCUGACGAAAUAGAAUCAACUUCAAAUCUUAAAUUUUCAAUGAAAUAUAUUACAUUUACCCAGGAAAGUUUGCUUGGAUGUAAGUUAAAUAAAAAUAUAAAUCUGAGAACCCUUUUUUAAAUAUUAUUUCAUCACGACAUCGACAUGUUUCGGCUACUAAUGCCAUUUUCUAUUAUUACAUUCUACAGUAGCCCUAAAAAGCUGGGUUUACACUAAAGUUAUAAACAAAAUGUUAAUAACUUAAUCCUUAUAGAUUUUAUUAGAUUGAACGGAACUUGACAAACACAUAUAUUCAUCAUGUGUAUGAUAAGUUAUGUUCAAUCUAAUAGAAUAUAUAGGGAUUAAGUUAUUAACAUUUUGUUAAUAACUUUGGUGUAAACGCAGCUUAAGAAAAAGAGAAUCAAUAAUUUUGCUUGGCUAUGUUGACAGCCCCCUUCUAAUAUCCUUUGAAAUCAAUUAUAAAACUGAACCAUUUGUUUAUGAUCUGUAAAUAUUAUACUAGAUUAAUAAAUUGUAAUGAGCAAGUAAAAA